UUCUAAGGCCUGGUUUUAUGGGAGAAUGGUUUAUUGGUGGAACUUGUUGAAUGUUUUAGCUUUCUGGGGUCUGUCUCAGGGGCUGUCGUGCUAUUGUCUGGUGCGACACCAGUUGCCGGUUUUAUGGAUUAUGCCACUCGGCGGAGAACCAGGAAGGGGCAAUAUUACAGCAGAGGUUUUACCUGCUGUUCAGCUGGCGCUGCAUCAUUUGAGUGAACAGCCACAUCCUCUAGGCAACUAUGAGGUUCAGUUUCACCUCACAGACUCAAAGUGUAAUAAUGCCAAAGCACUCAAAGCAUUUUUAGACGCCACAUUCUACGGCCCUAAACCCCUCAUGGUCUUUGGAGGGGUGUGUCCAUCAGUUACAUCCACCAUAGCUCAGUCACUAGAGGCCUGGAACCUUGUGCAGUUGUCAUUUGCAGUAACGGCACCUUCACUGGCAAACAAAAGACGUUUUCCAAACUUCUUCCGUAUGAUUCCAUCAGACAGUGCAGUCAACUUGGCUCUGGUCAGGUUGCUCAGGCAAUAUGGAUGGAGCAGAGUUGGUACAUUGACACAAAAUGACCCGAAAUUCACAGAGGUACAGAAAGACCUUAGCGGACAUCUGGAGGUGGCAAACAUCCAGCUGGUGGCGGCAGAGAGCUUCUCUAGAGCCCCGUGUGAAGGUGUGCAAAAACUGAAGGAAAAUGAUGUGAGAAUAGUGAUCGCUUAUAUUGAUGUGAGCUUAGCUGCUGAAGUCCUAUGCUGUGUGUAUAAUCUCAGCAUGUAUGGUCUGAAGUACCAGUGGAUCCUACCGGACUGGACACAAGACAGCUGGUGGACCAUCACUGGCAUCAACAACUGCCCUGCUAAUAACAUACUGACUGCAAUGGAGGGCUCCAUCAGUGCAGGUUUUCAGACCCUAAGCUCCAGACACAUCAGAGGGAUCUCUGGCAGGACAGCUGAGGAAUAUGAGAGGGAGUAUGACAAUAAGCAGCAGUUGAUGCAUAUGGGCGCAAGCAAAUUUCAUGGCUUUGCAUAUGACGGUACAUGGGUGAUUGCCAAAGUUUUGACAAGAGUCAUGGAGACAGUGAAGUACAGAGAAAGAUACAGCAUCCAUCGCAACUUCACUGUCACUGACCAAGAAAUAAGUGAAAUGAUUCUGGAGGGCAUUGAGAAGAUCAACUUCUUUGGUGUGACAGGACAAGUGAGGUUUCUGAAAGGUGAGAGAGUGGCCAAUGUGCAGUUCGCUCAGUAUCAAGAUGGAAAGGCUGUCAUAAUGGGAAAAUAUAGAACCAUGACAGAUGAACUAGAGAUCACCAGUCCAGUCCAAUUCCAAGGGGCCGAACCCACAAAAGACCGAACUCAUGUGUACCGGCAGAGAAAAUGCAUCAGUAUAUUUCUGUACAGUAUCAUAACAUGUCUUACUGUCUUAGGCAUUUUGACAGCUAGUGGUCUCCUGGUGUUCAAUGUGAAAAACCGCAAUCACUGGUCCAUUAGCAUGUCAAGCCCUUUUUUGAACUCUUUGAUUGUUCUUGGUGCACUUUUGUCUUAUUUCUGUAUCUUCUUCCUGGGGCUGGAUGGGUCUUAUAUUUCUGAUCAAGCACUUGAAGCAUCUUGUUCUGUACAAAUAUGGCUCCUGUCUAUCGGAUGUACAGCAGUCUUUGGGACCAUGUUUGCAAAAACAUGGAGAAUUCAUGCUCUCCUAAAAAACGACAAAAAAGAGAAAAGGAUCACAAAGGACUAUGGGCUGAAUCUAUUAGUUCUGUUUCUUCUAUUGUUUGACCUAAGUUUGUUAAUUUCUCUGCAAAUUUUGGACCCUUUGAGGAGGACAGUAAAGGAGUAUCGAAUACAGCCUGACCCUCAUGGACGAGAUUUCUCUAUUCAGCCCUUUUCAGAGCACUGUGAAAACACAUACAUGGGUUUCUGGAUGGCUGCAUUUUAUAGUUUUAAAGGGAUACUUCUGCUGAGUACCUGUUUCCUGGCCUGGACCACAUGCCAUGUGAACGCCCCUUCUGUAAAUGACAUCAGGGGUAUCCGGAUCAGUGUGUUUGUGUCGGGCCCAGUGAUUCUCAUUGGUACAUAUGCGCCCAUGCUGUUCCAGGAUCAGCCAAAUGUGCAAUUUUGCAUUAUUGCCCUUGUAAUCAUCACAUGCUGCAUGAGCACUCUGUGCAUGUUGUUUGUUCCAAAGAUUCUCAUCAUUGGGAUGGGUCCUACGUCCUUUUCUAGAAGACACCUCGCCCAGUGGGACAGGGAGAUUGAACCAGAGAGAGAAGAGCAUUGUAAAGAGGAAGACGAUAUGAAGCAGAGGAACUCUGGAGCAUCGGACUAUGUAACCGAUAUCAAGCACAACAUCUUUACGACCCUCGAUAUUGUGCUGUCAGAUAACCUGCGUCUCCGGCGGCGCAUUACUAAACUGGAUUCAGAGCUGGAGUAUUUGACCCGGCGACUGAACGAGUCAAGGCCUAACCUUCUACACAAUCCUGUCGUCAGAAUUUCUGUGCACAAAGCAGGCAAGAACAAAUGUCUAACUCUCCCUGAAAGCUACAGCAGGAGCCUGCUCGAGGACAUCAACUCGCCUGAGCACAUUCAGCGCAGACUCUCUGUGCAGUUGCCCAUUCUGCAUCAUGCUUACUUGCCCUCUAUUGGAGGAGUGGACUCCAGUCCCGUGGAUAGCUCCCAUGACAUCCAAAAGCAAGAUUCGAUGCCUAAAACAGGAGAACUUUUGUUGCCAAAGCCAUAAGUUACUCAAAUACUGUAAACUCAAAACAAAUGUACUGUAUCAUACUGUGGGUAAUUCAGUCAUUUCAGUCAUUUUCAAUGUAUAUUACACUUUAAAGUAUGUAUAGAUUUGGUCUGACGGCUGCUUUUAUUUAGAGCUGACAGAUGUAGUUUUGGUUUGAUUCAACAACACACCCGAGAAACCUUUUGAAAGCUAGAAAAUUUAAUUUGUUUUCCUUUGGUGUCAUGUGUUCACCAUGUGGGUGUACGAGAUCCGUCAGUGUGAACAGUCCUUCCCAUGAAGUUCUUGCACAGGCAAAGUAUUGUCCAUCAAAGAUCAGCAACAUAAUCCAGUUAGAGUUAGAGAAGUUACAGUAUGGUUUGAACAUUCCUGGCUUUGAAUAUAAAACAUGAGUGCAGAGGAAAACAGAGCAUGAAUCACAAAGUUUGCUGAAGAGAACGUCAAAUUUGUCCGUGGAUGCAAAUUCCAUCUCCAGUAUUUUUUCGAAACUGAGCAACAAAACGCUAAUGAUUAUAUUUGAAUAAAUGCCCAGUGAGCUGUGCAGUCCAUCAUGCUUAUCGUUUGUGUUCGAUGAGACAGAAUAGUGUCGGGACUAAUACUGAAAGUGCUUGCUGAAUGACUUUUGUACAGUAAUGCACUAUCUAUACACAAUCAGCAUUAUAUAAACAAACAAAUUUGAAUUGGCUGAACAAAGUAUCAUUACUUUGAAGAAUUAAAUAAUAUACGUUGAGUCAACACAAAGACUCUGUUGCCUCAUUUCUUCAAUUUUAUUUGCAGUGCAUGUAUUAUGUAUGUAAUAUGUAAUAAUUUUACAUUUUGUAUUGAUAUACUUUUUAAUUGCACUUUUUUUCUAAGAUUUGGUUAUGAGGGGAAGAGCUUAAUGCUCUCAUGCAAUUUCAGACAGAAAUCUGCUAAUUUUCCCCUUCCAUAAUUUAAUCCACAGCAUGCCCAGUCCCACUGUCUAAAGAGAAAUGUUUGUGUUAAUGUUUAAGGCAUAUAAAAUUCAACCCAUGCAGGCUGGCACAUGGAAUUUCUUCGUAUCAAAAGCUUCAUUGUUCAGCCCUUCUUAGAACGACAACAAUUUAUCAGUCAAAAAAAAGUUUGUUAUCUUUUGGAGAAAUUGUGCAAUUUGGGCUUUGCCUGCUUUUUAUUUGGCAGUAAAACAGCAUAACAUUUGAAAGAGAUCAUGAGAAGAGCACCAAACCAGUGAUUGAUCUUGUUUUGGUGUUAUGCAAUGGCAAACUCCAAAAAAAUGGAAUCCUAUUAUAAUGAUUAAUAAAAGGACUGAUAAAUUAUUCUGUUUUGUAAAAAAUAGAAAUAACACAAUUACUCUAUGCUUCUCUGUUCUUGAACACAUGCAUAAAGAUCUAACUGACAUGUUGAGCUUGUGAUUUGCUGAACCCUCAUGAUAUUUGAUAUGUAUUUCAUGUCUGUUGUUGAGUGCUGUUAAUGUUUACUUUCUAUUUGUCAGUCAACACAACCUCUGAUCAGUGGAUGCAAACUUCAGAAACCUAAUAAAGUCUGUAUUAAAACUCUUGGGACACUUCCCUUGUCAAAUAAAUGUAUCUUGAAAUUCAGAUAUUUAGAUAAGUCUUUAG